AUGUGUGAAGUAUGUGAAGUGCACAGUAAGAGGCAGUCUGGUGUGGAUCCGGCCCAAGAGGACAGAACAGCGGGGGAGACAGGUAGUAAGACCACUGGUACUGGUGCAGAGGGCCCCCAGAGCCCGGAGGCAAGAGGCCGAGGUGGGCCCACCCGAACCCGACCGGCCCAGCCAGCACCAAAACCCCCAGAAGUCGGAGCGCUAGACCAGCGCCCCGGCAGACGCUGCAGCCCCACCACGGGCCAGCCGCAUGCAGCACCCCGCCCCGGAGGGAGGACCAGGCCGCACCACCAGGAAGCAAGGGCCAUGAGCCCCCACGCCCACCCCGGAGCCGGUACGUCCAGGAUGCAGGGCGCUCACCCCGCAGCACCACCGAGACCCCACCCACACCACUACUCCCCAGGACAGCACCGGGCCCGGACAGAAGCCCCCAGCCAGCAGAAACUAAUCUCCAGUGGCGGCACACAGGCAAGUACCAAGGCCUGUGCCCGGAUGAGCCAGAGCCACCCCCCCCCAGAGAGACCACCCGGCCCCCAUGCCAGUCCCCCAGGCAGCGGAGGGCCCCCAGCCCCCCCAGGGGAGGGAGAGGGACGAGGACGAGCGGCCAGGCAGGAGAGGAGGGAGGAGGAGGGAAGCAGAGCAGGAAGGGACAGGGGAGCGACCGGAGGGCCGACCCACCCCAAACCCCAGGGCCAGCCAGGGCGCCCCAGAAGAGACCAGCCGCCGCCACCCCCAAGGCCCCGGGAGAGCGCACAAACCCAGCAGACCCAGGGCUCGAAGGGAGAGACACCGGGGACACCCACCCCCAGGCAGAGGGGCCCGAGCCACGCCGGCCCCGCAGAGCCAGAGAGCGACCCCAAGAGCAAUAGGAAAAGGACACCAUUAGUGCAUGCACACAGCCUUGAAGUCCAUGGUGCCAUCCUACUUCAAAAGUUACUUCAUGGGUGAUCUGAACUACUGGGAGCAGGCUUGAUUGAACACAGUCUGACUGCUGCAGGAAGGAAGGACCUCCUUCAAACAUCGUGGGUGAAGCAGUCUGUCCCUGAAGGAGCUGCCGGUGAUGGUCCUGUUUCCUGCAGGGGGUGGGAGAUGUCCUCCAUGAUAGACAACAGCUUUGUCAUCAUCCUCCUGUCUACCACCAGCCCAGGACAGAGCUUGCUUUCUUAACCAGUUUCUUUAGUCUCUUCCUGUCUGCAGCCGUGAUGCUGCUGCUCCAGCAGACCAGUCCAUACAGGAUGGCUGAUACCACCACACAACCAUAAAAGGUCCUCAGAAUUGCUCCCUGCACCCCGAAGGACCUCAGUUUCCUGAGCAGGUGAAGUCUGUUCUGACCUUUCUUAUACCGUGCAUUGGUGUUCUAUCUCUAGACAUGUUUGAAUGUCUUUAUCAAUAAAUGCUCAAACACA